UUGCAGGAGCUAUUCUGCCUCAGAUUUGCACUGUGUAUUUUGAACCUUUUCCAAUGUGAGAAAUGUGUAUCUGCUUUACUAAUAGGAAAGACAGAAAGAUUAUACCAAAUGAAAAAAAAUCAAAUUUUAAUGGUGGUCUAGCUUGAAUGUCACAUUCGUGUUUGCUCUCUCUGCAUUUGACUGAGUUCUGGGUUCAGAUUUCCACCGUAGAAGUAGUAACAGGUUACCUUUUAAUAAUGCUUCUUUUGAUGAGUGUAACCAACUGGGAAAAGCUGAUUGUAUUGAAAAGUCUUUUUAAGUGGAAAUAAAAGUAUGCAAGACAUUAAUAUUCUUCUCUUUUUUUUCUCCUGCAAGGACGGGUGCUUGUGGCCUUCUGACAGUUCAGUAUCACGACAAGGUGCUUCAGAGAUCAUGUAUGCCCCAAGGUCCAGGGACAGGUUUACCGCUCCAUCAUUCAUGCAGCGGGACCGUUUCAGUCGCUUCCAGCCAACCUACCCUUACAUGCAGCAUGAGAUUGACCUUCCUCCGACCAUCUCCCUUUCUGAUGGAGAAGAGCCACCACCUUACCAAGGGCCAUGCACGCUGCAGCUCCGGGACCCAGAACAGCAAAUGGAACUCAAUCGAGAAUCUGUCAGGGCACCCCCCAACAGAACCAUUUUUGACAGUGACUUGAUAGACAUUUCAAUGUACAACGGGGGCCCAUGCCCACCAAGCAGCAAUUCGGGCAUCAGUGCAACCAACUAUAGCAGUAAUGGAAGGAUGGAAGGACCACCCCCAACAUACAGUGAGGUCAUGGGUAAUUACCCAGGCUCCUCUUUUUUCCAUCACCAGCAUAGCAAUGCACCGCCUUCUUCACAGAGGGGGAGCAGACUUCAAUUUCAGCAGAACAAUUCAGAGAGCACAAUAGUUCCUAUUAAAGGCAAAGACAGGAAACCAGGAAACCUUGUCUAAGUUACUUCCCCAGGUGCACUUGAACUGAAGACAAGCAAAUCAAACAGUAAUGUGGGGGAAGAGCCCCACAUUCCUGUGCACAAUAUUGUUAAGUUACACGUGGAACAACUUAGUAAAACCAAACGUGCAAACCAGUUCUUUGUUUCUGAUUCCUUUCAGGGGAAUUGCAUGCAAAGUGGAUUGAGAUAAUACAAACUUCCAUUCAGUGUCGCCAUGAGCAGUGUUUUGGGGGGAAAUAUAUAU